CCUCAGUCCCGCUGUGAACUCAGCAAGGAACGCUACGGAUUUUCUACCUGUUGGUGUCGUCGACGAGCGUCACCUUUGGCCCCGUCAGCAGUCACUGGCGCGAGUAAGUUGACACUUGACGUACAACAGCGCGUGUCAUUUGUUGAUAAUCAGUGAUUUUUGAAAACUUAAACUUACGUGAUUAAAGAUUUUAAACUCCAAAGUGCAGUGAAAUUCAAGUGUCCAAGAGAUUAGUGUUUUAAAGCAUGCUAGUGUGUAUUUACUUUUGAGAAUCAGGAUUAGAAGCGAGUUAGUACAAUGAUGAAUACUUUCUUAGACUCGGUGUCAUCACACCCCCAUCAUCUUGCGAAUUUAGGCAUCAAAUUAUCCCCUGGUGGUGCGACGGAUGGUCUUGGAGAUGCUAAUAAUGGUGUCCAACCACCAACUGGAGAUGCACCGUCUCAACAACAUCAUCAUUUCCAUCCUCAAGGAUAUCCUCCACAUCAUCCUCAUCCAGCUAGCCACAUGACACCUCACAUGGGUCAUCCCAUGAGUCAUCAUCCAACCUAUGCAGCUAGAGACUUUCUGCUUCGUCGUGAACAUGAAUUCAACGCGACGGCAAAUCCAACAACACCAGAAAGUGGACUUGGACUCUUUACUCCUCUUCAUCAUGACACCAGCACUGCUGGAAUACAACAAUUCCCUCAUCAUCCAAGUCAGCAUCCACUAGCAGCUGCUGGUCAUUAUCCUGGACAUUACAGUCAGGAUGCUCGAUUACCACCACCGCAUCACCAGUACCUUGGUCCUCCUCAUCUAACUCCUGCAUCAAUCCACCAUCAACAACAUCCAGCAGUGAAUCACCCAAGCCACCAUCCUCAUGGAGCCUUCCUAAGGUACAUGAGGACCGGUGGUGGCGUUCAAAGACAAGAGAUGUCAUGUAUGUGGGUUGAUCAGGAUAGUCCUGGACCUGGAAGGAAACUCUGUGGGAAAUUAUUCAAUUCUCUACAUGACAUUGUAACUCAUCUUACGGUUGAACACGUGGGUGGACCAGAAUGCACGACGCACGCGUGCUUCUGGCAGGGUUGCUCCAGGAACGGGAGGGCGUUCAAGGCCAAGUACAAGCUCGUCAAUCACAUCAGGGUGCACACUGGCGAGAAACCAUUCCAGUGUCCGUUUAAUGGGUGCGGCAAAGUCUUCGCCAGAUCCGAGAACUUGAAGAUCCAUAAGAGAACUCACACUGGUGAAAAACCAUUCAAGUGUGAUUACCCAGGGUGCGAAAGGAAAUUUGCAAAUAGCAGUGACCGCAAGAAGCAUAGUCAUGUUCAUACAUCAGACAAACCCUACAACUGUAGAAUGUCCGGCUGUGACAAAUCUUACACACAUCCUAGCUCGUUGCGCAAACAUAUGAAGGUGCACGGAGUAUCGAUGGGUGAAGGAAAGCUCAGUGGUGGCUAUGAAAGUGAAGGAGAAGAAAGUAGUAGUUCUGGUGGUAGUUUAUCAGUGACAGGUCACACGGAAUCUCCACAACCAGCAUCAGUUGUUUCGACGACGACAACAACUUCUCCAACAAACCCGUCAGCUAACGUUAGCAAUCACCAUCCCUCAUCAACAAGACCAGAAUUAACUGAAUGGUACGUCUGUCAGCCACCGACAGUUGGAUCUCAACAUAGCCCCUUACCUGGUCCACCACCGCCUCAUCAUUUAGGACAUCAUUUUAAUCCACUUAUGCAUCAUCAAGCAACGGCUUACUGAGUGUCACAAAAUUUUAGCUGUCAAAUUUAAUGCAAUUCAACACUCACUACACUGUGAAUCCAAAGUGUGUUGUAGUAAACACACCUACAUAUGCUUCAUGUAAAACACUAUAAAUAAACUAUAGAUUUAACAUAUUUUGGACUGUGUUACAAAAAAGACUGCAUUGCUGCUUUCCAGUUCGUUUAUAGCAAUUAAAUAUAUACAUUAUUUUAACACACUUCAGAUUUACAGUGUAGAGAAUGAACGAAGUACAUUAUUUAGUCACGUUUGUGCCUCAAUUUGCUAACCAAAAAUUUUAUUAAUUAGUUAUUUAAAUAAAUGGACAAAUAAAUAAAUUAACUAAUUAAUUGAUGGUUAAAAUGAUAUUCGUAUUAAUGUUAACAAUUUAAUCGAUGAAAAUAAAUAUAUUUCCAGUGAUUAGUGGAAGUAUACUAGCAAAGAGAAGGCAAGGGCGUGGAGUAUUCAAAUCGAACGGAGAUAUCGCGUGUAACUACACUGUAAAUCCAAAGUGUGUUACAGUAAACUCCUCUACACGUGUCCAAUGUUAAACGCCGUGAACAAACUACAGAUUUUAAUACACCUUGAAAUGUAUUAAAAAUGACUACAAAGAUCUAUAGUUUGUUCAUAGCAAUUGAACAUUGAACACAUUCAAAUGACACAAAGUGUGCGGUUUUAACACACUUGAGAUUUACAGUGUAGUACUUGGUAAAUGUCCUCAUAUACUAUGACCAUUGCAGGCACACUCGGUCAUUACAGAGAAAAAAAAUUCUUAAAUACAAAUUUUUUUUUUAAUGAAAUUUAAUAAUUUAUUAUAAACAAUUUCUUUUUGUCAUUAUUAAACAACAGAGUAAUUAAAUCUUCAACUUUUUAGUAAUCAAAAUGUACAAACGACGGAAUAAUCUUACUGAAAUACGUCAAAUCCCAAGAUUUCGUAAACGUGUUAAAAUAAUACGCAUAAAGUGUUUUCUACAGUGAGAAAAAAAUUUCGUUAAAUGAAAGAAUUUUUUAUUCAAUCAAUAAAAGAAACUUGGAGUAUUCUCAAGAUAAUAUUUUAAUCGGGCUAAUAGUAGUGUUAUCAAAAACACAUAUUGUCAUUUGUUUCAAUGUUGCGACAAGUUUGAAAACAAAUUUUCAAGGUUACGACAAGAAUGAAAACAAAUGACAUUUUAUUCAUUUGAGUAAAUAAAAUGAUUUCAAUCAAAUAUUCAUAAUUUCAAAGAAAUAUUUUAUUGCGACUAUUUGACAUUUCGAUGUUAAUGAUCGAAUGAAAUAUUUUUUGUAUAAAGUAAAUUUUCUUCUCAGUGUAUAUAAAAUGUCCAUGAACGAACUAUAUAAGAUUUGUAGAAACUUUUUACACGUUUUAUAGUGUGUAAAAAAUCUAUAGUUUGUUUACGGCAUUGAAUAUUGAAGAGGCUUAACGUGUUAAAAGUGUCUACAAGAAUAACACACUUGCAAGUGUGGAUUUGCAGUAAAAGAAAUACAAAAUCUAAAGUUUUUUUUUAAACAUAACUAUUUAUUGUUUAUGAAACAAUAUAUUUAACAUUAGUAAUUAUUUCAAAUUAAUUAAUUUCAUGAAUUUCUAAACUUGAAUGAUACUAGCUAUAAAAAAAGGAAUGAAAGGAAAAAAUAAAUGCAACUCUUUUUCUAAAGCGAGAUGUCUUGAGAAUUUCUGUUGAAGAACAGGCUUCGUUUACGCUCAUAAAUAUUUCUUGAUAGUUUUGACGCAAACCAGGCAUCUUUGAUCAUUUCUAAAAAAUAUUGUUACAUAACAAUAAUAAUAAUUAUUAUUAUUUUUAUAACACAUAAAAUAUGAUAAUACAUCAUAUUCUUCUUCGAUAUAAAAAAUAUAUCAUUGUUGAUAUAUUAGAUCUUAUUUGAUAUUAACCAUAUGCGAAUUUUAAAUUCACAUGUGUUUAACGUUUAAAUUAAUUACAAUUCGCAAUUAAAUAAUAUGCAAAAGUCAAAAAGGAAUUGUUUUUAAUGAAUUAUCACAUUUUUUGUCAGCAAUGACCGAAUAGUGCCCGCUACGGAUUUAAGAUACACUGUAAGUUCAAGUGAAUAAAAACUAAACACUUAAAGUGUUUACAAUGUUAAACAUCAUAAAAGUUCUAUGACAAUUUUGCAGACGACUUUUAAAGACUUCUUACCAUUCACUAAAAUGCUAUAGUUUGUUUAUGGUGUUCAGCAUUGUUAAAAAUUAGGUGUUUAAUUGUUAAACACUUUAAGUGAUUUAUCAUUAAACACUUGAAUUUUUCCGGAUUUGCAAUGUAAGAGUACACUUACUGAGUACUAAUUACACGCAAAAUCUCCGUUCAAGUUCACUGUAAAUCGCAGAUCUAAGUAUGUAACUACAAUGUUAAUCAAAUGGAUGACGUCAUAUUUAACACAUUUAUCCGCAUUAAAACAAUGCAUUUUGGAAAACUGAGAUUUACAGUGUUUGUAAUGUC